CAACACAGCCUUUACUCUAAGGGUGAUUGAUCAUACGUUUAGCUAGUGGUAUUCUAUUUUGCUCUAGGAUUUUCACCAUAGAAAGGAUUGUCAAAAGUUCUUGAAUUCAAAUGUCUUGCAAGACGAAGUUGCUGUGUACAUGUCCGAGAUUGGCUCCAAAUAUAAGGCAUAUCAGGAGCAAUGCAUAGAGGUAUGGAUGUGUGAGGUCAAAGGUUUAUUUGAUGCAAUUAAUAUACUGAAUGGCUACUUUGAUAUAUACUGCAACAAAGCUACAAGUGGCGUUCAUGAACAUCUCAUAGAUUCACUUCAAGUUGAAAGGAAUCAGUUGAAUGAAAAUUUGAUGAAACUAAGAGCCAAUUACCAACAACAUCAAGUUGACACCAUGGCAAAACUAGGCACGACCCAAAGAUACCAGGGAAACCAGUUCAGUGAUUUGUGUAGUAAAUUUGAGGCAACAUCUGGAAUUUUAGCAGAAAACAUUAAGAAUUUGAUAGACCAGUAUAUGGAAAAGUCUGACAAAUACUUGCAGGACUUUGAGGAGAAAACAAUGGAGCAUCACAAUAUCAUAGUAGAAACUAUGGAGCAUCUUUCUAGAGAAUUCUCAGAGAACACAAUACUGAAAAUAGAGCAAGAAGUGUUACACAUAUCUAAGUACUAUUAUUUUGAUCUGCCACCCUCCACAGCUCUGUUCUCCUAUAAAGGUAUUUCGCCUCCAGAGAGGAAAAUUGAGCAAUGAGGAUUGGCUCUUGCUACAUUCAGUAAAGAAAUUAGCU